CAAGGCAUGUAUGGAGUAUGGUGUGAAUGAGUAAUGCCUGAAAAUUGUAAAGCAGUUUUGAGCGUCUGGAAAAGCACUAUGUAAGACUAUCAUACAGUAAAUUUCUUAAAAUCACACUUCCCCCUGUAGGUUGAGGAACUUGUUGCAGUCUGUGGCAGAUGCCAAUAUGAAUGCCCUCAGAGUCUGGGGAGGAGGAAUCUAUGAGCAGGACCUGUACUAUGAGCUCUGUGAUCAGAUGGGAAUCAUGGUUUGGCAGGACUUCAUGUUUGCCUGUGCCUUGUAUCCAACUGAGAAGAACUUCAUACAAUCAGUGAGAGAAGAGGUCAUCCAACAGGUCCAGCGUCUGAAGUCUCACCCCUCGAUAAUAGUUUGGAGUGGUAAUAAUGAAAAUGAAGCAGCUCUAGCCACUGACUGGUUUGACAUCCCCGGGACCCAAAGACCGAAAUAUGUGAAGGACUAUGUGACUCUGUAUGUCAACAACAUAAGGGACAUUGUGCUAAAGGAGGACCGUAGUCGGCCGUUCCUUGUCUCUAGUCCCACAAAUGGAGCUGAGUCGGAGCAGGAGGGUUGGGUGGCUGUGGACCCUUAUGACCCGCUCUAUGGAGACAUUCACUUCUACAGCUACACUCACGACUGCUUAGACUGGACCAGCUUCCCCAGAACACGCUUUGCCUCUGAGUACGGCUUUCAGUCCUGGCCCUCCCUCUCCACUCUGCAACAGGUUUCCACAGAGGACGACCGCAGAUACGACAGCGCUUUCUCGUCCCAUCGACAGCACCAUGGCGACGGGAACGAGCAGAUGUUACAGCAGGCCGCUCUGCACUACAACCUCCCCAACUCCACGGACAUCAACAAGAGAUACACGGACACUUUGUACAUCACACAGGUGAUGCAGGCUCAGUGUGUGAAAGCCCAGAGUGAGUUUUACAGAAGAAGUCAAAGUGAACUUAUUAAAGGUAAAGGUCUGACCAUGGGCGCCCUCUACUGGCAGCUAAACGACAUCUGGCAGGGGCCUUCAUGGUCAUCGAUCGAGUUUGGAGGAAAGUGGAAAAUGCUUCAUUAUUUUGCUCAAAACUUCUUUGCUCCAGUUUUGCCAGUUGGAUUUGAGGAUGAAGAUGAUUUUUUCAUUUACGCUGUUUCAGAUUUGAGUGAAGAUGUCUGGCUUGCUUCUGCUGUUUUUGUUUACAAAUGGUCCAGCAUUAAUCCUGUCUGCUCAAUAUACAAUAAAUUUCCAAUGUUUAUCCCUGGAGGCAGCGCUGUGAACAUUUACCAACAGCCCAGUCGCCCCCUGCUGGAGGGUUGUGGAUGUACACGUCAGUCCUGCUUCAUUACGUUUCACCUGGAGGAUAGCAAAGAACAACAGCUGGGCCCCACCAACUACCACUUCUUAUCUCCACUAAAAGACGCUCAGGGCAUCCAACGAUCCAACAUAUCUGCAAAGGUGUUGAAGGAGGGUGAGGCCUUCUCUGUGUUCCUCCAGUCUGAUGCCAUUGCUCCAUUUGUGUGGCUGGACAUGGGCGCUGUCCCAGGGCGCUUCAGCUCAAAUGGAUUCCUGAUGGUCACCACCAACAUAACAGUCACUUUUUACCCCUGGAGACCCACCACCGUCAUUGAGCUGAGCCAGUAUCUCACCAUCAAAACAUUAAGAGAUGUUUACUGACUGAGGGGAAAAAAUGACUUUUACAGGUAUCACAAUGGAUAUUAUGCUUGAGAUUUGUGAAAAAGUUAUGUCUUAUUCUGAUGCCGAGCACUUUAAAAUGUUUUAAUCUUCACAGCAUCUACAGCUUAUAUAGCCUUAAUAAAGCAAAAAAAAAAAAAAAGAUAGACUUAAUUCAUGAUCAACAAAUUAUUUAUAAGAAUGAUUCAGGCUUAGUAACCCUAAUUCCCUAACUUGAUACUAAACCUGAAUCAUUCUUAAUAAAUGAAUGUUGUUAAGAAUGAAGUCUUUCUGCAUUAUUAUUGCUGUAAAUUUAAGUUAUUAUAAAGUCAUUACCAAGGACCACUAUUUUUUUCAUACUCCUGCACUGACAAAAUAUUAAUAUAUUUUUAUAUGAUCCAUAAUUAAAGUUUAUAUAUUUUUUUAAAUAAAUGUCAUGUCUUUUUUCAUACAAUAGUUAAUAAAGUUACCAGAUACCUCUAUUAGAACUUUACCUCAGUCAAUAGUCGCAUGUAAUACAUUAUUAAAGGUCCUAUAUUACGCAAAAUUGUCUCUUGUGAACUUUAAACCAUGUGAGAAUGUUGUUACCUCAUCCACAAUUUACCCAGAGUUGUGUUUUGUGUUUCAUUCACACAUUCUUUAAUAUUAGUCUGUCUACAUCACCAAAGGUAAAAAUGCUCCAUUCCUCUUUGUGAUGUCAUCAAGUGGCAGUUUUCAAGUUAACACCUACCUUUUGUUUGUACUUAUUUAUUUAUUUAUUUGUAGAAUUUGGCAAUUCCAGGGCUGACAUUAUCCAAAAGAUUCUGCUGAAGGCGUAUGGAGUUUAAAAACACAGUGGAGCACUUUUUGUAUUAACACAUGACAUACAUCACAAGUUGGAAGAGUUUUUCUGUUUGAGAGAAGAACUCAGCUGAAACAUGCAGAGUUUGUGUGUUAAACAUGUGUGAAUGAAACAAAAUGUAACUCCAGGUCUGUUUUUGAUGAGCAAACAUUAUAACAGAGAUCAGAAAAUAGUGUAAUAUGGGUCCUGGUGAAAUUUAAUGCAAAAUUUUGGCAAGUUGAUUAAAUUAAUCAUUUAUAUUGAUUGUUAUGACCUGAUGUGAGGUGAACAUUGUCCUUGAUGUGCAAAUUCUUCAGGAAAUUGACACUAUACAAUAUCAAAGCAACAGUUGUAAAUCAAAGACAAGUCAAGUCAUAAAUUAGUUCAGUUGGUGCAUGUACUGAAUGACCUGAAAUGGACACAUUAUUUUAUAAUUAAAUUUUAAUAAAAGAUUUUCAAUUAUUCUAUGGAUUAUGAUAUGAGAAACUUGCUCUUAUAAACUGUUAACCUUUGCUCGAUUAAAACACAAAACUGGAAACAGUGGGAUUGUAAUAUUA